AUGGCAGAUACAUUGACAGAAGAACAGAUCGCUGAGUUCCGUGAAGCCUUUUGUCUGAUUGACAAAGAUUCUGAUGGUGUAAUCACCAUGGCAGAACUUGCAGCAGUCAUACACUCGUUGAAUGAACAUCCGACAAAGGAAGAAAUUCAAGAAAUGAUAAAUGAAGUUGACAGUGAUGGAGAUGGCACCAUAGACUUUGAAGAGUUUUUGGGUAUUAUGGCUAGAAAGAUGAAGGACAAUGUAGCAGAGGAGCUCAAAGAAGCUUUCAAAGUUUUCGACAGGGAUCAAGAUGGAUUCAUAUCCGCUAUUGAGUUAAGAAAUGUGAUGAUAAAUUUGGGAGAAAGACUAACUGAUGAAGAAGCUGAACAAAUGAUAAGAGAAGCUGAUCUUGAUGGAGAUGGUCUAGUCAGCUAUGAUGAAUUUGUGAGGAUGAUGAUGGCUUCAUCUUCUUGA